AUGUCGCCCAACAACCCCGUGCGGCCCGAUUCAAUUGCUAUGCCAAGUACUCAAAGCCGACUGCUCGAGCUUCCAAACGAGGUUCUCCAGGACAUUGCAUGCUAUCUCCCUAACGAUCGUGAUGUUUUCCAUCUCUCCCAGUCUUGCAAAGAGAUGUGGAACAAGGUCUUCGGGUCCGACUCGUCCGUCUGGCGAUAUCUCUUUGGUAAACACUACGAUAUUGUUCCGGGAAAAACUUCUGGGGAGUUGAAGAUCGAAUACCAGAUCCGUGCCAUUGUGCUGGGCGCUACGAUCAAGUUCAAAGAGAAGGAAGAUGAUCGCCAAUUCCUCUGGAUGGAGGUCAUGCAGACUAUGCUCGAGGAGUCUCUGCAACUACCCAUCAUUCCUGGAUCGACCUCAAAAACCCUGCAACGCAUACAGGAGAAACUCGAGAAGAGCCUGAGUGCAUUUGCUCUCGAUCCAACGAUCACCGAUCACUGCCGUCGAACCGACUACGACAUCAAACAGGUUUACGCAUAUGGAGAGAAGCUGGGCAAGGCAUAUAUCGACCACAAAAAGCUCGAUCUCGUCAAACUGCUGAACCUGCGCAAUUUCUGGCAACGUCAUCUUUUGAACACCUCCGAGUUCACCUUCCAGGAAUCCUUCUCCGCGCUGCCUGCAGAGAUGAAGCCCAAGACACGAAAGGAGCUUCCAAUCGAGGAAUCCAAACUAAGCUCAUCGUGGCUAGGAUACUACUCAUGCAUGCAUCCGAUAUCAGACCUGCAAGACAACGAGCGCCAGUCAUGCGCUGAUCUUGAGACACACGGUGACGGGGUCGAGAUCAUGACCCUUGACCUCGCAACCUCCGAAGAGUUCUGGCCCAAGCAAUGCAGCAAGAUCAUGCCUCUCGCUAAAGGUCGCAAUAUCAAGCGGGCAUAUUUCGAUGGCAAGCAGAGAGCCUAUAGUGGCGCCCAUGAGGCGGGAAACCACGUGUUCGGGUUUACCGAAGAGAUUGCUGUCACACACGGUGGCUUUGAGGGAUGGAUGCGGAUCUGUUUUAUCAUCGCCGAAGCGGAUGAAGGUGAUGAAGAGAAGCAUUCCCUCCUCGUAAUGGACGGCCCGGGCUGGAUCCAUGGCUAUGAGGCUGUCAUCAUCCCCGGUGGGCGCAUGAUGCUUGGACGGUGGGUGGAUAUGAAGGAAACAGGUGCUAGAGGCCCAUUCAUCUUCUGGGACGUGUGA